AAAACCCAAGACUCUGCUAUAAAGUUCAAGGCUCACCAACGAUCCCAACGCUGCCACCGCUAUCAGCACAUCCACCGCCAGCAUGGCCGAAGUUUCAGCACCCUCAGCGAACCUCCUCCCAGCCAAAGAAGUCAUCUACUGCGGCGUCUGCACUCUCCCACCGGGCUACUGCGAGUUCGGCGGUACCACAAAGAAGUGUGCCGACUGGCUCGAAGAAAACCACCCAGAUCUCCACCGCCAAAUAUACUCCGACGAAGCCCUCUCCGCCAACCUCAGCACGCUCUCCGUCGACGCCCAAAAACGCGCAGAAAAGGACGCCCAGAAGAAAGCCGCCAAAGCGGAGGCACAAGAAGUGCGAGAGACGGAGCGGAAAGCGGCGAGUAAAAUUAUUAUCAAGCGGGUGGAGCGGAACAAGAGGAAAUAUGUGACGGAGAUCAAUGGACUGGAAGCGUUCGGAUUGGACCUGAAGAAGACGGCCAAGGAGUUUGGCAAGAAGUUCGCCACGGGCAGUUCGGUGACCAAGACUGCGGCGGGAGGAGAGGAGAUCACGGUGCAGGGCGAUGUGAGCGAUGAUGUGCUCGACUGGUUGCUGGAGAAUCACAAAGAUGUGCCGGAGAAGAACAUUGAGCAGGUUGAGGAUAAGAAGAAGAAGACGCCGACUGCUGUAUAGAUCAGUCGGACAGGUCGUUUGAUUGGGUCAUGUUGACUGCAUAAGUUAGGCGAGCGCGGAGUCUGGAGUAGAGACGGCAUAGACCGCAGCAUUUGCAUGAAUGGUAGAUGGUUUGGGACGAAGGAGUAGCGAAUUACCAGCUCGCAAUUGAGCCAGCUUGAUCAAGAAAAUUGAAAGGCUACCCAAGACAUCCAAAGCUCCUACGCUCAAGCUGUUUCCAAACAGCGCCUCAUCAUGCGUCAAACGCUCAAAACGUGGUCUCCCAACAGAAAAGGUCAAAAACUCCGAGUCCACCGAAACGACUGCCGCGCCCGCCUCUUCUCAUUUCCAAGCACGAAUGAACUGCCCUGCAAAGACCAUACCAUAUCCUCGGCUUCCUUCUCAACUUUCAUUUCCCCUCAUGCAUCGCCUUAAUCCUGCUCAGAAAACUCCUAGGAUACUGCGCCGCCUCCUCGGGACUUGGGACACCUCGCUCGGGAUCUCUGCACCGAUCCAGCACCUUGUUAAUGAUCUGGCCGAGCAGAUCCUCGCUGAUCAAAAUGCUGCUCGCGCCCGGUCCCUCGGGGUUCAGAUACGCAUCCGAGUCCGAAAGCAUUUGCUUGAUCGUUGCUCGCUUCUCUGGGUCGCGGUUCAGGCAUUUUCGAAGAGUGCCGAUCAACGAAGAGGGUAUGGUCACGUCGCCGACUCCUUUUUCGGGAAAUUCGAUAAUGUGCUUUGGAUUUGUAAUGGCCAUGAUUCGUGAAAUUUGGUUACCAAUGUGCGCAAACGG